UCCACUGUCCCCAGCAUCACAGAGCUCUCUGACCUCCAGCACAGCCCCAGCAUCAGGUCCUCCACGUGUCUGUCCUCCAGCACCAAGCGCUGCCAGAGGAAGGAGAGAAGUGCAAGAGAAACCCAGAGGGCUUCACCGAGAGGGGGAGAUUUGCAACUUUGGACGUUUUUGGAGAAGUGGACGCAUUUUUCCUAAUUUUCCGCAGUUUUGGGAAAGCAACGCCUGACGGAAGAGCACCAUGAAGUCCCGGCUGGCCAGCUGCAGCGACUCCGGCUCCGAGAUGGACUGCAGCAGUCCGGAGAAGUUCCAGACGGUGACGCGGCGGAGGAUGGCCGCCAACGCCCGGGAGAGGAAGCGGAUGGAGGGCCUGAACACGGCCUUCGACUGCCUGCGCAAGGUGGUGCCCCAGUGGGGCCAGGACAAGACGCUGUCCAAGUACGAGACCCUCCAGAUGGCGCUCAGCUACAUCAUGGCCCUCAGUCGCAUCCUGACGGACCCCCGGAGGCAGCAGCCCGCCCACACCACCCAGUGGCUGGACCUGCAGCUGGACUGUGUUCAGGACGAGGCCUACCCGUGCCUGAUGGGGUACGAGGCGCCCGCGGAGCCGGAGUACACGCACACCUCCUUCCCCUAUCAGUUUGACGGCUACCAGGCUCAGAGCUGAGACUGCCAGGUUUGGUCUUAAGACUUCCAGAGUCAAAGCUGAGACUACCUGGUUCAGGCUCAGGACUACCAGGCUCAGAGCUGGGACUACCAGUUUCAGGCUUCAGGCUACCUGGGUCAAAGCACGACUACUUGGUUUCAAACAUACGACUUUCCUUGAUCAGUAAGAUUAUGAUUAAUCAUGGUUUUAGAUGUAGGUGAUUGUGUAAUCAAAUUAUGUAAUUGACUUGCAUAAUGACACAGGCCUUUCCUCCAGUUAAGGAGUAAGUAAAUACAUUUGUAUUACGUUAUAUUUAUUAAUAACUUAUUGUAUUUUUUAUGUCUAUCAAUUAAGUGUAUUUUGUGUUAUAUGCUUGAUUUAGAUUUUUGCAGCCCAGUAAUCUUGAAUCUUUUUUGUUCAAGCAUGUGGAAGUUUUAAGGGAAUUGUUUCAAUGAAAAAUUGUGAAGGAAUAAUUAGAUUGUGUAACAUAAAUGUUGUACCUUUACAUAUUGUAUUUUUUAUCAAAUAUUUUGAUAUGGCCCCAAAAUGCUGUGCAAUCUGCCAAUAACCACUGUUUAACAUUGUUGGUAUAUUAUGUAUUUCUAAUUGUUUUCAGCCAUGAUACGUACAAAUGUGAUUUGUUAUUUCUUACAUGAAGAUUCUUAUUUUUUUAUGGUUCUUUACCUAAAAUAAAAUAUUUCUU